GAGCCCUUCAUCCUCGCUGCGUUGCUCUUCGUCACCGUCCUGCAUGCCCUCGCGGCCGCAAAUCGGCUCACCGCCCAGUACGGGUUGGCCGCCUUCCAAGUCAUGCUCUUCGGUGCAUUCAUGUACUGCAACGUCUCUCAUGGUCAACCCCGAGCUCUCAGUCACGACCAGUCGGAUCUUCUGGCUUCCAUACCGGACGACAUCCGAACAGUCCUCGCUCUCCUUGAUCUCGAGCCAAACAUCGUCCGGUACGCGGCCUGC